CGAGCUGACAGGGGUUGUUAUAAUUAUUAUUGACACGUGCUAUUUUUAAAAAUUAAUUUGCUACUUUAAAUCAAAAUGGAUUUAGCAGUAAAUGCUCGAAUGUCAGAAUAUUAUGAGAGGUUUAUCGAAUUGCAGGAAAAAUUGAGGAGAAGUGAGGAGGAACGUAUGAAAUUGGAAAUGAAGUUUAAUGAUAUGAUGCAAAAAACUAGAGAAGAGGAACAGUUGCAUUAUAGAAAACUACGAUCACAAUACAAAAAGUUUUUGGAGGAAGAUAGAAAACGUCAAGAACGCAAUGAAAAAAUAAUAAGGACUUUGGAAAGAAUAGAAGUACGGAUAGAUAUGCUCACUUCUAAAACGGAACGAUUUAAAAGUUUGCGGCGACAAUAUCAAAAUUAUCUGAAAAAUGUUUCAAGUUCUCAAGAGACCAAGCAAGUCAAUUCUACGCGUUGCAAUUUGUUGCCCAAAGAAAAUCUCCAAAAUGACGCAUUGUUUCAAGCAGAUCAGCAGAAAUUAAAUGAGGAUAAAAUGGAAAUUUUAGAUAGGUAUUUGGAAAGUAUAUCUUCCGAGAGAUGUAAGGAAAUCAUAGAGAAGAGAAAAAUUGAAAACGCACAGUUAGAAAAAUUGGAUGUUCUGAAAGACAGAUUGCAUAAUAAUUCUUUUGAUUCUAAUAAAGCACAAACAAUAGCUGAGGAUAUUAUGAAUUCAAUAUAUAAUCGACAUUAUAAUAAAGAUCAGAACGAUGAACAGAAUUAUUCAGGUGUAACAAAUAAUAAACCUAAUGUAAAACUUUCUUUUAAGGAUAAUAGCACUACAAAGUCAUCAGACGAUGACGAUUAUUCACCACAGUAUUUACAUCUUAAAAAAGAAGAUGUACGAGGAAGAACUCAGGAAAUUACAAAACUUGAUAAAGAGUUAAGUAAUUAUCAAAAUGGUAAAGACACCAUUACGUCAGAUAAAAUCGAAAACGACGCAAAAGAAAAAGAAAAACACAUAUUUGUUGAAGAUUCUCAUGAGUUACGUUAUGUACCUAAUAAUAUAAGUAAACAACCUGAAGAUGUACCUGAACAAAAAAACGAAGAACAUAACCAUAACCCUGAUAACGAUAAAAUACUAGAUAAAUUAGAAUCAUCCAAUAAAUAUAUGAAUAAAGAUUUCAACUCAAACACUGAUUCAACUGUCCCAAAAAAGAAUAACACUAUUACAAAUGAAACAGAUGAUUUUGUAGAAAUUAAAAAUAUGAAUUAUGAUGAUGAAACUAUUAUUGAAGGACAUUUAAAUAAAUAUGACUCUAAUAAAGAACUUGAUAACGAAAAAUCUAAUCUUGUUAUUCAAAAAGAAAACGAAAAUCUAAAAGAUCUGAUAAUGAGUAAUAACAAUCAAGUUAAUAAUUUUAAAAAUACUGAAAAUGUUUCUAAGAAUCCAACUGAACAAACAAAUCAAAACGUUCUACCAAAAAUUACAGACGAGCAAUUGACGGUAGAAAACAUAAAUGGCAAUGCUAUAAGAGAACAAGAAAUUUUAAAUGAUCCAAACCAUCAUGAGGAAGAGCUAAAACUUCAAGUGGACGAUAAUGUACGUACUAACCAGCAUACAGAAAAUGGUCAAGCUAUUGAAUACAGUGAGAAGAGUCAAAUUAUUCAAAGUAAUGAAAAUCAAUCCGAUGAAACCGGAGAAGCUCUUCAAUUCGAUAAAACUAAACAACCAAUUCAGUAUGACAUAAAUGAUCAACCAAUACGAUAUGAUGAACAAGAAUCGGCCAUUCAAUAUGACCAAAAUGGUCAACCAAUUCAAUAUGACGGCAAAAACCAACCGCUUCAAUAUGACGAAAACAUUCAACCGAUUCAGUAUGAAGAGAACGGCCAACCGAUGCAUUAUAACGAGACUGAUCAUCAAAUACAAUAUGACGAGAACGGUCAACAGAUUCAGUAUGACGAGAACGGUCAACAGAUUCAGUAUGAUGAGAACGGUCAACCGAUUCAAUAUGAUGAGAACGGUCAACAGAUUCAGUAUGACGAACACGGUCAAUUGAUCCAGUAUGAUGGAAGCAAUCAACAGAUUCAGUAUGAUGUGAAUGGUCAACCGAUUCAGUUCGACGGGAACGGUCAACCGAUUCAAUAUGACGAGAAUGGUCAACCGAUUCAAUAUGAUGAAAACGGACAACAAAUCCAGUAUGACGAAAAUGGUCAACCUUUUCAAUAUGACGAAAAUGGUCGUCCAAUUUAUUUCGAUGAAACGGGCCAAAGAAUACAAUAUGACGAAAAUGGGCAACCGAUUCAAUAUGAUCAAAGUAGACAACCAAUUCAGUAUGACGAGAACGGACAACCAAUUCGUUAUGACGAGAAUGGACAACCAAUUCAGUAUGACGAGAACGGUCAACCAAUUCAGUAUGAUGAAAAUGGUCAACAAAUAUAUUACCCACAGUAUGCUGAAAAUGGUCAAUUAAUCCAACCACUUCAAGAUUCGGGUGAGGUACAGUUAGAUGAGACAAAACCAGCUUUAAAUGCAGAUAAUGAGCCAUUUGGUGAAAAAAUAUUAGUAACAACGCAAGCUUCUGAUGAAAAAUCUGAGUUUAAAGGUGACGACGAGAAUAAACCUAAAACGAAUAAUAUUUUGGAGAUGUUAGAUACAGAUACUGAGAGUUUACAACAGAAUGUCAGCAAAAUUUCUAAUGAUAGUGAUUUCACUGUUAGUUCAUAGGUAUAAUUAAUAUUACUGACAAUAAGUUUUUCGUGAAUAGCUGUUUCUUCUCUAGAUAAAAUAAACGAUUACAGAAGAUUAAGAUUAGUUCGUAGACAGAUAAUUUAUUUUUCGAAAUAAUUAUGUUCUUGCAAGUAUUUAUAAAAAGAUUAAUAGAGAAAAUGUUCAAUAUCGUUAAGUAGCAGAAAUUUUAACGUUUGAAUUAAAUUCUUUAUAGUUAAAUAUAAUAUUUAAAUAAAAUGAAU